UUCGAGUCGGGGCGGCCGCGGGCUCCGUCGUUUCCCCGCCGCUCGCGCUGCCGCCAUGUUCGUGUCCGACUGCCGCCGCGAGUUCUAUGAGGCGAUUGUCAGCCAGCGUGUUCUUCUUCUUGUUGCCUCAGAUGUUGACGCAUUAUGUGCUUGUAAAAUACUCCAAGCUUUGUUUCAAUGUGAUCAUGUACAAUAUACACUUGUCCCGGUAUCUGGAUGGCAAGAACUUGAAACUGCUUUUCUCGAGCACAAAGAUCAGUUCAAAUAUUUUGUUCUUAUCAAUUGUGGUGCCAACGUUGACCUUCUGGAGAUCUUGCAGCCGGAAGAAGACACGGUGUUUUUCGUGUGUGACAGCCACAGACCUAUCAAUGUAGUGAAUGUUUACAAUGACACCCAGAUUAAACUGUUAGUUAAACAGGAUGAUGAUCUCGAUGUUCCUGCGUACGAUGAUAUCUUCAGAGAUGAAGAGGAUGAAGAAGAGGACUCAGAGAAUGAAAGUGAUGGGUCAGAACCCUCAGAGAAGCGCAGACGUUUUGAAGAGGAUGUAAUAGAAAGAACAAUGAAAAGGCGACAGAGGCGAGAGUGGGAGGCACGCAGACGAGAAAUUCUUUUUGAUUACGAGCAGUAUGAAUACCAUGGGACCUCAUCAGCGAUGGUGAUGUUUGAUCUGGCCUGGAUCAUGUCUAAAGACUUGAAUGACAUGUUGUGGUGGGCUAUUGUUGGCCUCACAGAUCAAUGGGUCCAAGAUAAAAUCACUCAAAUGAAAUAUGUGACUGAUAUUGGAAUCCUACAGCGUCACGUGUCUCGCCACAACCACCGCAACGAGGAUGAGGAAAACUCCCUGUCCAUCGACUGCACGCGAAUCGCGUUUGAGUACGAUCUGCGCCUGGCACUUUACCAGCACUGGUCCCUGUAUGAGAGUCUCUGUAACACCGCGUACACCUCUGCCAGCCUCAAGCUUUGGUCCGUGCAAGGGCAGAAGAGGCUCCGGGAGUUUCUGGCUGACAUGGGUUUGCCUUUGAAGCAAGUGAAACAGAAGUUUAAUUCCAUGGACAUGUCUUUGAAAGAAAAUCUUAGGGAAAUGAUUGAAGAAUCUGCAAACAAGUUUGGAAUGAAGGAUUUAAGAGUUCAGACCUUCAGCAUUCACUUUGGCUUUAAGAACAAGUUCUCAGCAAGUGAUAUAGUUUAUGCAACAGCUUCUCUAAUGGAGAAUAUAGAGAAAGAGGGGCCUGAAACAACUAAUUUCAUUAAAGCUUUGGACAGUCUCUCCAGGGGUAACCUGGACAAACUGCACCAAGGACUGGACCUGGCCAAGAAGCAGUUACGUGCCAUUCAGCAGACAGUAGCCAGCUGUAUUUGCACCAACCUCGUCAUUUCUCAGGGGCCUUUUCUCUAUUGCUCUCUCAUGGAGGGCACACCGGACGUGAAACUGUUCUCCAAACCAGUCUCUCUCUGCCUGCUUAGUAAAUACCUGCUCAAAUCCUUCGUUUGCUCUACCAAAAACAAGCGCUGUAAGUUGCUGCCACUGGUCAUGGCUGCACCCAUGGACGUUGAGCAGGGAACUGUGAUCAUGGUGGGGAUUCCUCCGGAGACAGAAAGCUCUGACAAAAAGAACUUUUUUGGAAGAGCAUUUGAGAAGGCUGCAGACAGCACCAAUUCCAGGACUCUACACAACCACUUUGACAUGUCGAUAAUUGAAUUGAAAACAGAAGACCGGAGCAAAUUUCUGGAUGCACUCAUUUCUCUCCUGUCCUAAAGAAGUUUGGAACAGUGGGCCAAUAGCUGCAGUUGUUGUUGAACAGCAUGAUGAUGCAUGGCUUCUGAGAUCCCCUAUGGGUUUGUUUCUCUCCUUACACCCUGACUGACUGUUGCUGUUUGCCUUCUGCCCUCGUUACACAGUGGUGCCUUUGGGUUCCUGGUGCUGGAAGCUGAGGACCAGAUGCUCUGGAGUUAUUUGGGAUGUUCCAAAGUUCAUGGUGCUGCAGUUGUGAUGUAUCGUCUUGCUUUGUCUUAACUGUACUGGUACUGCCCUGGACUGGUGGGCUCCUGCCUCUUGGGAGGCUGAAAGGAUUUUAACCUUUUAACCUAGCACACAGAUACUGAACCCUGCUUUGUAAGGAUCCCAUCCUCGUAAUGGCAAGAGGUGCCAACUAGGAAUAUCUGCAAACUGAACUCCUGUUUCUCAAACAUGCUUUGAGUAGACAUGCUCCUGUGAUGUUUAGUUGUCGGCUAACAUCAAAAAAAAAAAAGGUUUUGAAGAAGUUCCAUAUUUAUAUUACUAUUCAAGUGUUCUUUUAAAGUUGUCUUGAAUGCUUUUUAUUUAUCUUUUUAAUAAGAAACUUUUAAACUCCCUAGAAUGUUGAAACAUAUUUUUUUUUAGUACCUUCAGGUUGAGGACUUGUACUUUAAUUGAAAUAACUGUUGUGAGACAAGUUUUAAGUUUUUAGGGCUUUUAAAAUCCAAGUACUGAAUAACUGCCAAACACCAAAUGAAAAAUCUGGGGAAUUCCGGUGUCAAUAAAGCAUUUUCAGUCAUGUGUUGUGAUACCAUGUUGCCACUUAUAGCUUGGCUUUGGGAAUAAUUUUCCUGGAAAGAGUCUAAAAUACUAUGAUAAUUGUGUGUAGGUUGUAGCAUUAUAAAUAUUGACAGAGUAGCUGGGUCCUGUCCCACAGCAGCAAACUCAUUUCACUUCAGUAAUGAGUUGUUAUGGCUUGUUAGACUGUUCCUGCCGAGCCUUGGUGGGUGUGUAUAUGUGUAUCUUUGCAACCCUUUGUAAUGCUGGCUUGAAUUCUCUGUGACUUUGGUGUUUCCAUGUAUUAUAAUGAAUAUGUGAAAGUUAUGUAUCAUUACAUCGUACUUUGUACAGAUUUUUAAUGCGGUUUAAUUUAAUAUUAAAUGUGAUUUAAAUGUAGCCAACAGAAAGCUAAUUAAACUAUAUAUUUUUAUUCGAA